CACGUCUCGAUAAUAUAGCAUGCACUUGCACACUGCCCCCCUCUUCCUCUUUCUCUCUCACUCACAUUUUUCCCCCAUCCCAUAAACGCCAUUGAAGCAGUUCGACCAAGCUCCGGCAAAAACACUCUCUACUUUCAACCACUUGCCAUGGCUUCCAUGGUUGAGGACUUUCCAGCUCCGGUUGUAUCGGCUCGGAACUGAAGCGGUGGACGCCGGCGAUAUCUCCAAUUCCGGCUUCGGAGGGGUAGGUUUCAUGGUGAGUUACAGAGGCUUGGAUGAUGAUCAUUAAUUGCUUUUGAUUGAUUUGAGGAAGUUUUUUCCUCGAAUAAUAUAUAUUUCCCGUUCACAUGCUGUAUUGAGUCUGAUUUAAGCAUUCGUUCUAUUUGAUUCCACCAUUGAGACCUCUUUCACAUGGAUUUUGUCACUGAGAGUGAGUGAAAAUCUUUUAUCCGCCAUUGAAGCAAAGCAAAGCAACCACCGAGACGACGGCCAUAGUUAAUUUUAUUCGUUUUGGAGGUCAAAUCAUUUUUUCCAGAGCUCUAAUGGAGGGAGCAAUCAAUGGAUUUCUUAAACGGUAUCUAUUGUACUUCAUGGCUAUGUGCUUAACCUUAACAAUGGAGAGUUCAUUAGUUGCUUCUCUAUCUCCCGAUGGAGAAGCGCUUCUCUCUCUCAUAUCUGCUGCUGGUCCUUCUGUUCUUGCCUCUUGGAAUCCAUCUAGCCAAAACCCUUGUUCUUGGGAAGGAAUCACUUGUUCUCCUCAGAACAGAGUCAUUUCAUUAUCUCUUCCUAAAACGUUCUUAAACCUCUCUGUUUUGCCUCCUGAGUUGUCUUCUUUAUCUUCUCUGCAACUUCUUAAUCUCUCUUCCACCAAUGUAUCUGGCUCAAUCCCCUCCUCUUUUGGCCUACUCACUCAUCUUCGCCUGUUGGACCUUUCAUCCAACGAUCUCUAUGGUCCAAUUCCUCCUCAGCUUGGUUCUCUUUCUUCACUUCAAUUCCUUUUCCUGAAUUUCAAUAGACUUUCUGGUAAGAUUCCUCCGCAGCUUGCUAAUCUGGCUUCUCUGCAAAUUCUUUGCCUCCAAGACAAUUUGUUUAAUGGCUCUAUACCAUCACAAUUUGGUUCUUUGCUGUCUCUUCAAGAGUUUCGAAUCGGAGGGAAUCCGUUUCUUUCUGGAGAGAUUCCGUCACAGAUGGGGCUGCUUACUAAUCUCACUACAUUCGGGGCAGCGGCUACGGCGCUUUCGGGGGCUAUACCGUCUACAUUUGGGAACUUAAUCAACCUCCAAACUUUGUCACUCUAUGAUACUGAGAUAUCUGGUUCAAUACCUCCUGAGUUGGGGCUUUGUUCUGAGCUAAGGGAUUUGUAUUUGCAUAUGAACAAGCUCAAUGGUUAUAUUCCUCCUCAGCUGGGUAGGUUGCAGAAGCUUACUAGUUUGUUUCUCUGGGGCAAUGCUCUAUCUGGGUCGAUACCGUCGGAAAUUUCAAAUUGUUCGGCUCUAGUUGUUUUUGAUGCGUCGGAGAAUGAUCUUUCUGGUGAAAUCCCAAGUGAUUUAGGGAAGUUGGUUGUUCUUGAACAGUUUCAUGUAUCGGACAAUUCGAUCUCGGGUGCGAUACCGUGGCAGCUAGGCAACUGCACAAGCUUGACUGCCCUUCAGCUUGAUAAUAAUCAACUAUCAGGUGUAAUUCCACCAGAACUUGGCAAUUUGAGAUCCCUGCAAAGCUUUUUCUUAUGGGGGAAUUCUGUGUCAGGAUCCAUACCAUCUUCCUUUGGCAACUGCACUGAGUUAUAUGCCUUUGAUCUUUCAAGAAACAAGCUCACUGGGGUAAUCCCAGAAGAAAUUUUCAGCUUGAAGAAGCUGAGCAAGCUUUUGCUCCUCGGAAAUUCUUUAUCUGGCGGGUUGCCUCAAAGCGUCGCAAAUUGUCAAUCAUUAGUGAGGUUGAGGCUUGGAGAAAACCAGCUUUCAGGCCAGAUUCCGAAGGAGGUAGGACGGUUGCAAAAUCUCGUCUUUCUCGACUUGUAUAUGAAUCAUUUUUCGGGUGGCCUUCCGCCUGAGAUUGCUAAUAUUACAGUUCUUGAGCUACUUGAUGUGCAUAAUAACUAUAUAACUGGUGAAAUUCCUCCCCAGCUUGGGGAGUUGGUGAACUUGGAGCAGCUCGAUCUCAGUCGAAACAGCUUCACCGGUGAAAUUCCUGAGAGCUUUGGAAACUUCAGUUAUUUGAAUAAACUUAUUCUCAACAAUAAUCUACUGACAGGGUCAAUUCCGAAGUCCAUCAAGAACCUGGAGAAACUAACUCUACUUGAUUUGAGUUACAACAGUCUCUCUGGUACCAUACCACCAGAAAUUGGUUACAUGAAGAGCUUGUCGAUCAGUUUGGACUUGAGCUCGAAUGGGCUUACCGGAGAAAUUCCCGAGGCGAUGUCCAGUUUGACACAGUUACAAUCACUUGAUCUUUCCAAUAACAUGCUUUCUGGAAACGUUAAAGUGUUGGGUCUCUUGACUAGUCUCACUUCUCUCAAUAUCUCCCACAACAAUUUCUCAGGUCCUAUGCCUGUAACGCCAUUUUUUAAAACGCUACCACGAGAUGCUUAUGAUCAGAAUGUGAAUCUUUGUAAAUCACUCAAUGGAUUUACUUGUUCUUCGAGUUCGAUGCGAAGAACUGGCUUAAAGUCUGUAAAAGCUGCUGCUUUGAUUACCAUCAUUCUUGCUGCAGUUCUCAUCCUAAUUUUUGCAUUGUGGAUAGUAGUUUCACGAAAUCGCAAGUACAUGGCAGAGAAACAUUCCAGGACGUCGUCCCCUGCAUCGGCUGCCGAGGAUUUCUCUUAUCCAUGGACCUUCAUCCCAUUUCAGAAGCUCAAUUUUACCAUAGAUAACAUCUUGGAAUCCAUGAAGUACGAAAACAUAAUUGGAAAAGGUUGUUCUGGGGUUGUUUAUAAAGCAGAUAUGCCAAAUGGUGAAUUAGUUGCAGUGAAGAAACUAUGGAAAACGAAGCAGGAUGAAGAAGCAGUUGACUCGUGUGCAGCGGAGAUUCAAAUUCUCGGGCAUAUUCGACAUCGAAACAUAGUGAAGCUCAUUGGUUAUUGCUCUAAUAGAAGCGUCAAGCUACUUCUCUACAACUACAUUUCCAAUGGUAAUCUACAACAACUCUUGCAAGGAAACAGGAAUUUGGACUGGGAAACUAGGUAUAAAAUUGCAGUUGGGACAGCACAGGGUCUAGCUUAUCUUCAUCAUGAUUGUGUGCCUGCAAUUCUUCACAGAGAUGUCAAGUGCAAUAACAUACUUCUAGACUCCAAGUUUGAAGCUUAUCUAGCAGAUUUCGGCCUAGCAAAGUUGAUGAAUGCUCCAAAUUAUCACCACGCAAUUUCGAGAGUAGCAGGUUCUUACGGUUAUAUAGCCCCAGAAUACGGAUAUACCAUGAAUAUAACCGAGAAGAGUGAUGUCUAUAGCUAUGGAGUUGUUCUACUAGAGAUACUAAGUGGCCGUAGCGCAGUUGAGGCACGAGUUGGAGACGGUCUUCACAUUGUUGAAUGGGUGAAGAAGAAGAUGGCAAGCUUCGAGCCUGCUAUAUCGAUACUCGACGCAAAGCUCCAAGGCUUACCAGAUCAGAUGGUUCAAGAAAUGCUUCAAACACUUGGUAUAGCCAUGUUUUGUGUUAACUCCUCUCCAGCAGAAAGGCCAACAAUGAAGGAAGUGGUAGCAUUAUUGAUGGAGGUGAAGAGUCCUCCAGAAGAAUGGGGCAAAACCUCCCAACCUCUGAUAAAGCAGUCCUCAAAUUUAAGUUCAAAUAAUUCUUGCUUACCCACAAGAAAAUUGGGGUGAGAAUUGAGGGAAAUGGUUGAAAUAGAGAGAUCUUUGUGGCAUCUAAUUGAACUUUGCAAUCUUGUACAGCUUUUGUUUAAUGGAAGAGAU